AUUUCAAUGUGCUAUUUCAAUUUUCAGUAGCAAAUGUAUAUAUAGAAAAACGUUAAUGUAUGUGAGUACCUUAAAAAACAUGAGAAACUGGAAGAUAAUAUUGUAAAGCAUCUACAUAUACCCUAGGUCUUUUGUGUACACAGUUAUUUGUGAUGAUUAUAAGGUAUUAUGAAGGCAGGUAGGAUUAUCUCCAUUUUACAGUCACGGAAGCUAAAGCCUAGAGCUGGAAACUUGUUCAGUGAUAUAAGAUUCAUACCCUGGUUAUGCCCUCCCAGAAAGCCCUUCCCAACAUAUGUUGUCCAUACAGGGAAAAAAUGAGCAAAGAUAGGUGGCUUAACUCUGGUAUGUAAGAUAUAGGAAAUUUAUAGAGGAGUUUCUCUCAAUGUGCCAGCUUAUUUUGUUCUCUGUGUUUUAUAUUCUGAGAAUGAUUACCAGCCAUCCCAAAUUCUGUGGUUGUUACAGCUUCCCUGGGGUUGUUGCUGGUUGGCCCCCACUUUGAGACUGAUGCCAGGGCAGGUUGAGAGGAAAACUGACUUUAGCUGGGUUUGAUCUUGGAUCUGGGAAAGAGAUACGCUUUGAAAAUCAUGGCAACUCUGGAAGGUUAAAAAGAUAUUAAUAUAUCCUGGAGAGUUUGAGGCUUUGCACAAAUUUACUGGCAGAGCAGGAUGAUUCUGAAAAGUGUUAAGUCAGUGAGGGGAUAUUUGAUAUUUUCUGCCAACUUGGGUAUUCUCUGAGGUAUUCACUUUGCAUUGCUUAUCCUUUGUCUAAGAUAUGUAUACACAUACUUCCUUUGUGAGCUUAUCCUACUUCCAGAGUUUUCUCCCCAGCCUCAGCCUUGCUUUGGGUCUUCAGGCCCAAGUUUCUCCCCAUGUCUUGGAUGAUUGCUCCCACCUACCCUGCUGCCACCUGGGAUCCAACAUGCUCAAACCCAGCUGUGAACUAAACAGUAUUAAAAGAAAGAGCCUUUGCUUCAGCAGUUUAUGUUAAGACGGGGGCUUGGGUCAUCUUAUCUCCACUAAUGUGUAAGGUGAAAGUCCUGUUAGAUAAAAGAGUUUUUUAUCUUUUUGGAAGACCCAUGUUUUGUGCUUUUGGGUUUCAGUAUAAGGUUUUCCUGCAGGGCUGCAGGGAAAGUUCCCCAGCAUUUCCAACCAGUGAGGUGCAAAAUUAUUUGGGCCUGUAGCUCUACCUAUUCCUUUCACGAUCACUUUUGAAAAAACACAUCUGUUAAGCUGAACCAUGUGAAACUGCUAAAUGCUGAUGUUUUGCCGUUUUCUACUUAAGAAAUAGGCCAGCAGUUUGUAAAUUCAACUUAAUAUAUGAACUUUUUGAAAAAGCUUUUCUGGGAAACUAAAAGGAAAAUGGACGCCAGAUUUCCAGAGUAAGGGGAGGAGGGACCGAGCAACAUCUCUUCCCUGUAAGACCUGGCUCCUGCGCACGGCCCGCUAUUUGGACUCCACCCGCCGGGUCUUACCUUGGCCGGCGCCGGCCUCGCCACGCCCCAUUUUGCGGCCGCCGUAAAGAGUGGCUGCGCGGCGUGGCCACGCCCUUUCAGCGCUUGUUGUGACGCAGGCGCCCUAGGCUUUUUGAGCGGGAAAAAGAAGCAACCCUGAGUGGUAGCCGGCGCUGCCGGGAGCGGCUGCUUUCUCCCGGGCCGUAUCUCCCACCCGCGGCAUGGGGCUGCUGGAGCUUUGCGAGGAAGUGUUCGGCACCGCCGACCUUUACCGGGUGCUGGGCGUGCGACGUGAGGCCUCCGACGGCGAGGUCCGACGAGGCUACCACAAGGUGUCCCUGCAGGUGCACCCCGACCGGGUGGACGAGGGCGACAAGGAGGACGCCACUCGCCGCUUCCAGAUCCUGGGAAAAGUCUAUUCCGUUCUCAGUGACAAGGAACAGAGAGCAGUGUACGAUGAGCAGGGAACAGUGGACGAGGACUCUCCUGGGCUCACCCAAGACCGAGACUGGGAGUCGUAUUGGCGGCUACUCUUCAAAAAGAUAUCUUUAGAGGACAUUCAAGCUUUUGAAAAGACCUACAAAGGUUCAGAAGAAGAGCUGGCUGAUAUUAAACAGGCCUAUCUGGACUUCAGGGGUGACAUGGAUCAGAUAAUGGAGUCUGUGCUUUGCGUGCAGUACACAGAGGAACCCAGGAUAAGGAAUAUCAUUCAGCAAGCUAUUGACGCGGGAGAAGUCCCAUCCUAUAAUGCCUUUGUCAAAGAAUCGAAACAAAAGAUGAAUGCAAGGAAGAGGAGGGCUCAGGAAGAGGCCAAAGAAGCAGAAAUGAGCAGAAAGGAGUUGGGGCUUGAUGAAGGCGUGGAUAGCCUGAAGGCAGCCAUUCAGAGCAGACAAAAGGAUCGGCAAAAGGAAAUGGACAAUUUUCUGGCUCGGAUGGAAGCAAAGUACUGCAAACCUUCCAAAGGAGGAGGGAAAAAAUCUGCUCUCAAGAAAGAAAAGAAAUAAUGGAAUUUUUCUCUUCAGAGGUCCUUAGGUGUAAAUUGAUGCUAUCGUAGGCAAGGUGCAGCCAAGAUUUGAAGGCAAAAGUCAACUCAACUCUUGAGAAAAGUUGUCUUUCCAGCCUUAAUUUUUCAGAUAGAUUAGACCAAGCAGAAUCUGUCAACCUGAUCUUAGUAUUUCCUAGAAAGCACCUGACAUUGUGUGAGGUCUCACCUGAAGGAACUUGGUGGUGACAGUUGGGAGGGCGGAGGGAGGCAGUGUCCUUCCUGACAGAACUUGCCUCCAUGGAUCUUCUGUACAUGGAACUCUAUCUAGAAUAUGGUUCUGUUCAUGCUGUUUUCUGCGAUGUGUGUGUCUGUUAGAAUAGGCUCUCUACCCGGCUAGAACACCUUCCAAACACUUGCUGGAAUAGCUGCCUUCCAUAUACUUCCCAGUUUACAUUUGGUCUUAAUGAUCUUGAAUAGACCCUCUAUUCAUUUUACUCAGUCAGGUUUUGUACUGAUGUACAGGUGUUAAAUUACUUCAGGUAUUUUUGUAAGAAUUGUAUAUGAUUAAAUAAAGUGAUGGUUCAGUUCUGAGGGCUUUGUAAAUGAGCCCAGUAAAAUGUGACCUAGAAAAAUAUGAAUGGUGUUUAGGAUGAGAGAGAAGGGGAAAACAGUAGUCCUGGUCAGCUUUAUAAUAGCCUGGUUUCCAUAGCAUGAAGAGAUGUAUAUUGUAGUCCUGCCACCAAUUGCCCAAUGUCUUUAGUUGGGCCACAGAGCUUGUCUGAAUCUGUUUCCUCAUUUAUAAAAGAGUUAUUACAUUGAAACAAAGAGUGAAA